GAGCGUAACGGUUGGCCAUCCACCUUGCCCGUCUAACUGUACGGAAUGGAGACCAAGGAAGAGAAGAAGGAGCGAAGGCAAGGCUAUUUUGCUCGUUUGAAAAAGAAAAGACAAACCAAGCAAAACGCCGAGACUGUCUCUGCCAAUUCCUCUGGUUCUCCUGUUUCCAAAACUUCUUCUGAGAAAGAUGAUGAAAGUAAAGCCAUUUUGGAGCAAAUCAGUUCUUCAGAAGACAACUGUAGAUUUGCUGGGGAAAAGGAAACUGCUUCGGACAAAGAAAAGAAAAAGAAAAAGUAUAAUCAACUGAAAGACGUCAGGCGCACAGAGCUUAAAAGAUAUUAUAGUACUGGAAGGUGGAGGUGCAGCUACGGAAAAUCUCCUCGCCGGGUAGGUGCCCCGUUGUGCUGUUGCCCGCAGCCGGUGGGUGGCAUCGCGGAGCUGUGGCUGCUGCACCCCGCAGCCAGGAGCCCCGGGCACCGCUCUGCCUCCGCAGGGCUGUUCCGUGCACAGGGCGCCUUGCAGCCUCCCGACGGGGGACACGGCCGGUCGCGCCUCCUGGGACACUGCCAAGAGGCUGAACAGAUCCCGCUGCCGAAGGUUCCUCCUGGGAAGCUUCAUCUUUUCCCUUUGUGA